AUGCCUGGUGGUCAACGGGGUGGGGCCAAAAAGUGGAAAGCUAGGAACCAUGUUGUGGCAGAGCAACACACGGCUAGUGAAGGUGAUGAGGCUUCUGAGGCUAGCCACUCGAAUGAGGCUAGGGGUACUGGAAACAGUAGUUCCUCAGGGCAGCAUGUGGAAGAUGACACUAGUGGCAGACCUGACCCCUGGUCUGAAUGGAACAAAGACCCUUGGAGAAGGCAAGCAGCUGACAACUGGCACCGCGGUUGGAAGUGGCAUGAUGCGGUGGGCUGGCAUCGCUCUUGGGAUGAUGGAGACUAUGGACGCAGGGGAGCUGAGCAUGUGGCCAAGCUUGAAGAAACCACCCUUGCUCAUGAUGGGCGAUGGCAUGGGUCUGCAUGGAGAGAUUCAGGCCAGGUUAGCAGUACGAGGUCGGAGACCACUUAUGACACCAAGGGGGCGCGACCAAGCGAAAAGAUGGUUGUGCCUGAGUUCGAUGGUGAAGGCGAUGAACAAGAACUUGGACGAUCCGCGAGAUCGUACGUGAGAAAAGUGCACGUGUGGCUGAGGUGCACGCGCAUGGCAGAAAGGGAGCGACCUCUGGCUCUCUACACGCAUUUGACUGGAAGAGCCUGGAUUGCGGCUGAAGAACUUAGCAUGGACCGACUCCAUGAGGAAGGUGGCAUUGACUACUUCCUUGAUUGGAUUCGGAUCAGGUUCAUGGAGAUUGAGGUCACAAAGGUGGCGACGGUCAUGACGGAGCUUUUCCGACGUUGCCGCAAAAGGGCUGACCAAUCAGUGCGUGAGUUCAACUUGGAGUACGAGCGCCUCUUGAUGCACCUACGUGAGCUGGAGUGUGAACUUCCGCCACUUGUCAAGGCUUGGUUGUACCUUGAUAAGUUGCGGUUGGCAGAAGGUGAUGAGAUGAGCCUUCUGAGCAGCGUCAACAACAGGUAUGACCUGAAGCUCUUACAACAAGCCGCUCUUCUACAUGACAGGUCUACGCGGAGGCCAAGCAAUGCAUGGGAGAAAGGUGGUGAAUCGAAACCCAGGUGGAAACGCCAAAGCACAGUUCACCUCACACAACAUGAUGAUGAAGAUGGGGAAGACUCUGAUGCUGGGCGUGGUGAUGACCUUGAAGAGGACCUCGGCUCGGACGAGGACCUGGUGACUGAAGAGGUGGCCACACACUACCAUGAUGCCUUCAUGGCCUACCAGGACGCAAAGUCCAAGUACCGCGAGGCAGUCAAAGGUCGUGGGUAUGACCGCGACGAGUUGAAGAAGCGGGCAGAGGAGAGACUUCGGGCAGCCAAAGCCAGGAGUUUCUGCUCUGUGUGCAAGAGGAAGGGGCACUGGCAUCGGGACCCAGAGUGUCCGAUGAGAGGCAAAGCUCAGACUGGUGGAGGUGGUUCAUCGAAUGGCAAGUCUGAUGGACAGGCAAAGAGUGUUCAGCUCUGCCAGGUGGCCCAUGUCUUCACGACAGAGACUUCCAGCCUGAGCUCAGAGAGGGAGCUGCAUGCAAUCGCAGACACGGCAUGUUCAAGAACGGUGGCCGGGCAUGAUUGGUUUGAAAAGUACUGCGACAUUGCCGAGACCUAUGGCAUCCCUGUGGAGAUUGUGGAGGAGUCAGAAAAGUUUCGUUUUGGGGCCUCAAGAGUGCAUGAAAGCACCUUUAGUGUUUGGGCAAAGUGCGCAGUCCAAGGGAAGAUCUUUGCGGUGAAGAUUGCCAUCGUAGCUUGUAAAGUCCCUCUACUUUUUAGUAGGAAUGUUUUGUCACGGCUUGGCAUGGUGUACCGUUUGGAAGACGGUGUGGCUGAUCUUGAAAAUUUGGGAGUGACAGCACUCUGCAUGGGCGUUUCUGAGACUGGCCAUCCGACCCUCACGGUCACCGAUUUUGGAGAUGAUUUGGGUCGAGCACAGGCCCUUCCGAAUGCAGAGACGGCGUACAUGAGCACAGCUGCCGAGGGUGAAGGGGGAUUUGCAAGUUUGUCAAAAGUUGUCAACAUAUUUUACCCCAAGAAGGUUUCAAAGGAGGUCCAGGUGAGUGAUUUGCAUGAGAGUUUGAUGAAGGUUCUAGCCAUGGGCUGUGGAUCGGACGCAGCCGUUUUCCUCGAAGAUCCCCCGCGCCUGGGAUCGAGAGCUUUGCAACCCAUGCCUGCAGCUUCGACAGUGCAGUCAGUAUGGAAGAUGGGCAAGGAGCAGCUGACACGCGAGCUGGUGGAGCAUGGAGUGGUGGUGCACCCCAAUUGGACGGUGCCGGAACUGAGGACCACGGUGAUGGAGCAAAGGGAAGCGCUCAACCCGCGCAUGGACAAGAACGACAAGCUGAAGGGAAUCACACAGCUCACCCUGGACCAGCUCACACAGAAGGCGGUGGAGGAAGGGUUGUCAUUGCCUCCCCGACCAACGAGGGGACUGCUCAUCCGCAUGUUGCGGGAGAGCACACAGCAGGAAUCGGACAACGUGAUGUGCUUCGGAAAGUUCAAGGGGUGGCUCUACAAGGAGGUGCCACGCGAGUACAUGAAGUGGGCGGUGGACGAAACGGCAGCCAACACGAAUGCAUCGGAGGAUCUGGUGCGAUUUGCCACUUGGGCCAAGGAGGAGUUCCAGAAGCAGGACAAGGUGGUGUUGGUGGUCAGGAAGCCGCCGGCGAGCAAGGACGACCCGGAGGUGAAGGCAAAGAUCCCGCCGCCCGACAUCGAGGUGAUGUCCUGGGCCUCGGGCUCCUCGGAAUCACAUCGGAGCUGGAGAGCCGGGCGAGUUCAGGCGAAGAAGAAGGCCGACAAGCGCCGGGUGGACGUCAUCGAGGUGACGGAGGACAUGGACAGCGAGCUGCCGGAGGAGGCCAGGGCAGAGAUUCAACACAUGGAAGCACAAUUGGCGGCACUCAAGCAGAAGCACAAGGAGAGGCCAGAGGGCUGCUCCCCCACCGGGGUCGAUGGGACGCCUGUGGAUGCCAUGUCGGCUUCCGCGGGGAACCCUCUCCCAGGGGUUGACAGGACGCCUGUGGGUGCCGUGAAGGCUCCCGCGGGGAACCCUCCCCCUCUUCGGGGCGUGGCGCCAUUGAUUGGUGGCCCCCGGAGGGAUGAGACGCCUGUGGGAGUCUCGUCGGCUCCCGCGGGGAACUCUCCCACAAUGGAGCGUGUGCCAGAGCCCGAAGAGGAGGUGGAAUCGUAUGACAUGGGCAGUGACCAUGGGAAGUCACGGGGCCAUGGUGGUGGAGACCAGGAGUUGACGCCUAGAGAGAAGGCGCGCAAGGGCAUUCAAAUGAGAAAGAAACUCAAGGAACCCCUGAGGAAGAAGGUUUUUGGAAUGUCGAAGGCACUUUUGUCAGUGUUCUGCACUUGUCUUGUCUCCGCAAGCGGCUUGGCGGAGGAGGUCUUUGCGGAGCCAAUCUAUGACCUGUGGAAUGUUAUCAAUCCUAUGAGGGGAUCUUCCAGCCCGGCGUGCUUGGAGAUCUUUGCUGGCCGUUGCACCAUCACCGGUGCUUUUGCUGACAAGCAAUAUGGAGUGUUGAGGCCCCGAGAUUUGAAGUUUGGUGAUGACCUCCGAUGCAAGGAGACCCAGGAAGAGAUCCUGGAGACCAUCGACACACAUCGACCACGCCUGGUGUGGAUGUCCCCACCAUGCACUUUUUGGUGUGGUUUUUCCAAUCUCAACUACAACCCACAACAGCUGAGGAGAUUGAGGGCCCGAGAGAGGGUCUUCUUGCGCUUCAUCGACCAAGUCAUUUUGAAGCAGAAGAUGUAUGGAGGGCAUGCGAUUGUUGAAAACCCUCGCAAGAGGGGAGAAUCACCUGAGGAAGCCUAUGAGUUGUUGGUGACCGACAAGGCCUUUGCUGAGGAGCUGCAAAGGUGUUGCCCAGGUGAUCAUACCCAUGUUAGAGUGCAAGGGUCCCAGACAGCUCACUCAGCUGGCUAUCCUGAAGGUUUUGGAAAAGCUGUGGUUCGGGCCUUUGAAAAAGUCACGGCCCAGACCGCAUAUGUUCAAGACGACGGUGGUGAAGAAGCCACUGCCAAGGAGUCACUGGGUGGGGGAAAAGACAUUUCUUUCACCGGCAACGUCAGCGGAAGGGUCGCUGGGGCUUUGCGGAGGCUGCAUCAAAAACUUGGUCACCCGCCAAACCGUGAGUUGGCAAAACAUCUCAGGCUGAGUGGGGCAUCGCAGGAUUUGAUCGAAGCUGCGUCGGGCCUCAAAUGUAGGGCAUGUGAGAAAUGUGCUCGCCCCCCUUUACACCCUGUGGCCAAGCCAGCCGCUCUGCUUGACUUCAAUGAGGCCGUUGCAAUCGACAUCAUCUUUUUGGACAAUCAACAGGGCAAGGGCAACUUGGCACUCAACAUGGUGGACAUUGGUUCGUCUUACCAGGUGGUGGCCCCACUUCGGAAUCGCAAGUCGGACACCGUCUUGCGGGUUUUCCUCAAAUACUGGGUGAACUGGGCAGGGCCUCCAGGCCGGUUGGUCCUGGAUUUAGACACUGCAUUUGCCGACAGCUUUGCCGACUUGACGUCGGACCUGGCUAUCUCUAUGAGGGCAGCUGCCGGUCAGGCACACUGGCAGAAUGGGAUCGCCGAGAGGUAUGGGAGCUCCUGGAAGUCAUGCUGGGAGAAACUAUGUGUGGCAGAAGGCAUCAGGGAUGAGGAUAUGCUUGAUGCAAUCUGUGCGGUGAAUGAUGCGCGCAACUCACUGCGCAAUAGGUCUGGCUUUAGUCCGAGACAAUGGGUCUUCGGGACAAAUGGCCGUUUGGUGGCGGAUUUGGAGGAUGGCGGUCAUGAAAUGAGCGCCCUGCAUGCGGUUACACCUGAGGGGCGCAUGGCACGAAAACAUGCGCUGAGGAAUGGUGCCCGUAUCGCCUUCUUCGAGGCGCAGGCUUCUGCAGCAGUCGAAAGGGCGCUGGCUCACAAAAACCGCACCAAGCCCAAAGAGUACAAGCCAGGCGAUUUGGUUUACUACUACCGCCAGACCAAGAAGAAAGGAAAGCAAACCAGUGCAAUGUGGAUGGGUCCAGCAGCCAUCAUCGGCCAAGAAGGCCAGAAUUAUUGGCUAGCGAGAGGAGGCAGAUGCAUUCUUGCUGCCCCUGAACAUUUGAGGGCAGCUGAACAUGAGGAGGUCAGCGAAAUCUUGCGCAUCAAAGCCGCCAUCAAAGAGGUGGAGGGUGUUUUGGAGGAGGAACAAAAGGACUAUGCAGACCUCCGAUCACCACAUCCGGAGGGCGCUGGCGAUGUGGAAGUGGAGAUGGAAAUUGAUGGCAUCUUCGACGAUGAGGAUGAGGAGAUGCCCACAGCUGAGGCGCCAGCCAGUAGCGCCCGACAUGAAAAGAGGAAGAAAGCUUUUGAGAACGAGCAGGAGCUCAAGAAGGUGGCACGGCAGCUUGGAGCACUUGAUGAUGUUCCAGCGAGCGUCAAGUCGUCACUGAAGGGUCUUUCUGCUGCCACCACUCCUGAGGCACCAGGCCAUGUCAGCUUUUUAGUGAAGAAGGCCAACUCGCCAGAAGGCUGGGAAAAGGCUUUGGAGAAGGAGAUUCCCUGGGGCAUGAUACCUGAGUCUGAGCGGCAUUUGUACAUUGCCGCUGAGGAGAAGCAAUGGAAAGAACACCUUGAAUUUGGAGCGGUCAAGCCCUUGACUUUGGAAGAAAGUGAAAGAGUCAAAACUGAGGUGGACCCGGCCAGGAUACUCCCGGCCAGAUUUCUCUAUCGGGACAAGCAUCACGCCAAGCGAAAGAUUGAUCCCAACAUAGCCUGCAAGGCUAAAGCUCGACUAUGCGUUGGAGGCCAACGGGACCCCGAUUUGGGGGUCAAGGAGAUGGAAGUGGAUGCGCCCACUGCAAGCCGUCAUAGUUUGCUUUUGGGAUUACAAGUGGCGUUGGUGCGAGGCUGGCUUGUUAGCAUCGGAGACAUCCGGGCAGCAUUUCUCAAUGGUGUUGAAGCCCCAAGAAGCUUGUUUUUCAAACAACCGGCGCGUGGGAUUCCAGGCUUGCAGCCUGGUCAACUCAUUGAGAUCCUGAAGGGGGUCUUCGGCCUCUCAACGUCCCCAAAGCUUUGGUGGAUACGUUUAUCUUCCGAGUUGACACAGAUCACCUUCCAGGUUCAUGGGAAAGACUAUCGGAUCAUCCAGAAUGACAUCGACCCUUGUGUUUUCCAAGUCCUUCGAGUUGAUGGCGAAGGGCAUCAGGUUUGUGGUCUGAUCUUCACACAUGUGGAUGAUCUGAUGGUCAUGGCUGAUCCUGCAAUUCAGGGGCGCGAUUUCCCGUUGAUGAAUGGGAGCGUGAUCGCUUUGAUUACGUGGGGUGUGAAUACCACGUCACCAAGGAGGAGGUCAACAUCACUCAGACGGGAUAUGUACAGUCCCGACUCAACAAAGUGA